AAAUACACGUUAUUUACUGUAUUCACUCUAAACCCCACCACCUUGGUUUCUUCUCCUUGCAUAUAUAUCACAACAAAAUUCCAUGGAUAAUGAUCUUUUACUAACCUCUUUCUCCCCCACCCUUUCCACAUUUUUCCGGCCAUUUUUCUCCAUUAUCCGAUCACCUUAUAACUUUCCGGCAACUCAUUAUUCUUUUGUCCCAGCUGACCAGCCAUAUAAGCCCAAAAAUCAAGAAAUAUAGUUGUGGAGGUGGAUUGUAUGGAGCAUUUUGCAACCAUGUUCAGUGGACUAGCAAAGUCACUUAGGAAAGCCAAGAGUUCAGGCAAUUGUGGUGGAGGGGCAGUAGAAACAAUGAUAAAGGAGGCAAAGAAGAAUGAUCUAAUAUUGAAGUCUUCGGGGACACUGGAUGUCGAGGGAUCAAACAAUUUUGCAGCGAUUUCUUCCAAAAGAGGCAACAAAGGAGUGAACCAAGAUUGUUGCAUUGUGUGGGAGGCAUUUGGAUGCCAAGAAGACAUGAUGUUUUGUGGGAUAUUUGAUGGACAUGGUCCGUGGGGGCAUUUUGUCGCGAAGAGGGUUAGAGAGUUAUUGCCAUUGUCUUUGUUGUGCAAUUGGCAAGAGGCAAUUGUAGAAGCGUCACUUCACACUGAACUUGAUUUGGAGUUUGACAAAAGAUUCAAUUUGUGGAAGGAUUCUUACUUAAAGGCUUGUGCUUCAGUUGACCGGGAGCUGGAGCAUUAUCGGAAAAUUGAUUCCUUUUACAGUGGAACGACUGGUUUGACAAUUGUUAGACAGGGGGACCUUUUAGUAGUAGCAAAUGUUGGUGAUUCUCGUGCUGUAUUAGCUACAAUCUCUGAUGACGGCAGCUUGAUACCAGUUCAGCUUACUCUCGAUUUUAAGCCUAAUAUACCUCAGGAGGCAGAACGCAUAGUUCAGUGUAAUGGUCGAGUUUUCUGUUUAGAUGAUGAGCCGGGCGUUCACCGAGUGUGGCUGCCUAAUGAAGAGUCACCUGGACUUGCCAUGUCUAGAGCUUUUGGUGACUACUGUUUAAAGGAAUUUGGACUCAUUUCUGUGCCUGAAGUGACUCGAAGACAGAUUACUGUCCGAGACCAGUUCAUUGUGCUUGCAAGUGACGGGGUCUGGGAUGUGAUCUCCAACGAAGAAGCAAUUGCAAUUGUGUCAUCAACACCAGACAGAGAGAAAUCUGCUAAACGACUGGUCGAGUGUGCUGUUCGUGCAUGGAAGCUAAAGAGACGAGGCAUAGCAACGGAUGAUAUAUCAGCUAUUUGUCUUUUUCUUCAUAAUCAUACAUCAUCGCAUACUAUUCACUCUGUAAUUACUCCAUUAUAACUUCUAAAUGCUAGAGUAUAUUGUCUGGCCGGAAAUAAUGUGCUUAUAGAAUUUCUUUUUCCUCCGAAACAAAAUCAGGUGCAACGCUGAAACAUCAAUAGGUUUUUCUCUGCUAA